GUGAAGAGACACAGUGGCAAUCAACAACAACAACGUUCUGGAGAAUUGCUGAUAAGUUGGGUUUUACGAGCAUCUGUCGGAGAGCCCAGAUUCAACAUUUGUCAAGAAAAGUCUGAGCAUUCGAACUGAACAAUGCCAAUAAAGAUGCCCGAGGAUUUCCUUAUUGAGGAUCAGUUAGAGGACUGUCUGACCGAUGAGGAUUUGGAAGAGGACGUCAUUUCGGACACGGACACUCUAUUGGACAUGGAUAUGGACAAGCCAAAGAAGGCAUCUAAACCAAAAAACAAGAAGGACGGCAGUGGGAAGCGAGGAAAGAACAAAAACCCGGACGAAGUAAAGAUACCGAAAAAAAGGGGACCGAAAAAGAAACGAAUGACAAAAGCUCGGAUUGUGAAGUUAAAGCAGCGGCGUGUGAAGGCCAAUGCUAGGGAGCGAAACCGGAUGCAUGGAUUGAACGACGCUUUGGAUGAACUGAGGACGCACGUUCCCUGUUAUUCCAAGACACAAAAGCUCUCCAAAAUCGAAACGCUACGCUUGGCGAGGAAUUACAUUUGUGCCCUGGCUGACAUUUUGAAGAACGGCGUUAGACCAGACAGUGUGUCGUUCGCCAAGGCUCUGUCCAAAGGCUUGUCUCAAAACACAAUGAACUUGGUCGCUGGUUGCCUUCAGCUGAACCCCAGAACUCUUUUACCGGACACGCCGAUUCCCAAGCCGUACCAGCUGAUGUACGGUGGUCCCGCAGACUACAACAACCCAUUCCAGACCAUCAACUACAACAACGCCUACGCCAUCAACAAUAUAAACGUGGUCGAUUGUGGGCAGCAGGUUCCCCUCUCCCAUAUGCCGCCACUAUCUCACCCCCACCAGAUUCAGCCAGAUCCAGAGUUUUCCUCUUAUUUGCCCUGCCCAGCAGCCCAGCCUAAUUUCCAGCCGACCACUUCCCCACAACACAAUUCCGCAUCACCCCAACGUCUUAACCACUACCCAGAGUCCCCACAGAGGAUGCAACAACAACAACACCAUCAGCACCAGCAGAGUCCUUCACCGUUCUGUAACCAAGGAAUCACCCGCCGCAACACUAGUCCCAUGCAUGCGGAUAACCGCGAGGCGUCUCUUCCCACGGGAACAAUGACGUCAUCAACUUUUGUGCGUUACGCUCAGCAAGAAACGGACUGUUUUACCUCAAACUUCAAUGGCGGCGGUGUCAUGUCGCAUAACCAGGUAUAUGGUGAAAGCGUUGUGGACAGUAUCCCCGAACAGAAUCCUUACAUUUUGUUGGAAGAUUUAGCGGACAUUCAAAACCAACCUGUUGUGGAGCACGAGGCUCUGGGCAUGUUAAAUUCGGUACCGCAUCUUUAUCAUUGAUAUGCAAUUAAUACAUGGGCUUUGCAACUGUUCUAAUACUAUCAAUGGAAUUUGUGCAACAUCCCGAUAUCAAGGAGUAUAGGAAAUACCUAUAGCAUUCAUAAGCAGGCAUAGACAGUAAACAGAUACACAACAAGUAUGAACACAUAAACAUUAAAUGACACUUAUUACAUGCGUAAUCAAAGGCC